AAUCAUCCCCUGCUUAGUUUCGCUCUUGUUGUUUCAGCAAACCCGGUUUCCUGACGCAAAACCAAAGUAAAAAAUUAACAGGGCUGUCAUCCAUUUGUCGGUCACAUUACGGUGCAGCUGCAAAAGGUGACAUAGCCCAAAAACUGGUCACCAAAAACUGCGAACUGCGUCUCCAUUUGCAAUGACAGAUAAGGUUAAAGAGCUCGUUUCAAGCUGCCUACAGGCCCGGGACAUGGCAUACUGCCCAUACAGUCAGUUCCCUGUCGGUGCUGCCAUACUAACAGCAGAUGGCACUAUAAUCAAAGGCUGCAAUGUGGAGAACGCCUCCUACGGUCUGACAGUGUGCGCUGAGCGGACAGCCAUCCAGAGAGCCGUGGUGGAAGGACACCGACAGUUCACGGCCAUCGCUGUGACGUGUGACAUCAAAGACCGUUUUGUUGGGCCGUGUGGAGCAUGUCGACAGGUUCUUAUGGAGUUUGGAUCAGACUGGACUGUGUACUUAACCAAGCCAGAUGGAUCUUACAAACAAACCAGCCUCAGUGAACUGUUACCUCUGGCUUUUUCCCCAGCACACCUGGCAAAGUAAAAAUAAAGCCUCAUGUGACAUUGUAUAUAACACUGUAAAGUUGAUAUCGAACUUCACAUAAGCAAUAAAACUUUUUACCCCCCUUAA